UUCUCUGCCCUUCUUUAAGCGCUUGUCAGACGACACACAACGUGGACUGGAAGCAGCCCAGCAGAGAGCUCCUCACACUGUGUUUGGACAAGAACUGUGACCGGCUGCACGACGACAACACACAGGUCUCCUCACAGCUAGCUGGGAAUCUGUACCGUGUGUUUAAGUUCGCUAGCAUUCACGAGAGGAACGAGAAGGAGGGCUGAGAUCUGCUUCAUGACGAUGACUGCAGAGGAGCAGAGCAGUGAAGGACAACACACCAUCCCGAUGGAGGGAGACGACAUCACACUGAAGAGGGACGGGGGGGUCUUAAAGCUGGUGAAAAGAGAAGGCACGGGCACAGAGCUGCCUAUGACCGGUGACAAAGUGUUUGUGCAUUACGUUGGCACACUUCUGGAUGGUUCCCAUUUCGACUCAAGCAGAGGCCGAGGAGAGAAGUUUUCCUUUGAGUUGGGCAAAGGUCAAGUAAUAAAGGCAUGGGACGUCGGCGUAGCCACAAUGAAAGUGGGGGAGCUGUGCCAGCUCAUCUGUAAGCCAGAGUAUGCUUAUGGAUCUGCAGGCAGUCCACCCAAGAUACCCCCCAAUGCAACACUUGUUUUUGAGGUGGAACUGUUUGAAUUUCGAGGCGAGGACAUAACUGAAGAGGAGGAUGGAGGAAUCAUCCGCCGCAUUAUCACUAAAGGGCAGGGAUACUCCAAGCCUAAUGAAGGCGCCACUGUUGACGUAACUGUGGUGGGUACCUAUGAGGGACUUGUUUUCGACGAGAGAGAAUUGAAGUAUGAAGUCGGAGAUGGAGAGGGUCUUGGCUUGCCAGUUGGAGUGGAGAAAGCUAUAAUGGCUAUGGAGCAGGAAGAGGAGGCCCUCUUCAAUAUUAAGCCUAAAUAUGGGUUUGGUAAUGCAGGCAAUGCCAAGUAUAACAUUCCUGGCGGAGCAACACUGCAAUACAAAAUCAAGCUGACAGCCUUUGAGAAGGCUAAGGACUCAUGGGAGAUGAACACGGUAGAGAAGCUGGAACAGAGCAACAUUGUCAAAGACAAGGGAACUCAGUAUUUUAAGGAGGGGAAAUACAAGCAGGCGUCAGUGCAGUACAAAAGGAUCGUGUCAUGGCUGGAAAACGAAUCUGGUUUGUCAGAGGAGGACGAGAAGAAUGCGAAAGCUUUGCGGCUGGCAGCACAACUGAAUUUGGCCAUGUGCUUCCUUAAACUACAGGAGGCCAGUCAAGCCCUAGAGAGUUGUAACAAGGCUCUGGAGUUGGAUGCAUGUAAUGAGAAGGCUUUGUUCCGAAGGGGAGAGGCACUGUUUGGUAUGAAGGAGUUUGACAGGGCAAGAGAUGACUUCCAGCAGGUUGUUCAACUGUAUCCUGCCAACAAGGCUGCCAAGACCCAGGUGAGCCAUUGUCAGAAACGUAUCAAGGAGCAGCAUGAGAAGGACAAACGCAUCUACGCCAACAUGUUCCAGAAAUUUGCAGAUAGGGAUUCAAAGAAAGAAGCAGAGAAUGUGAAGAGUGAGGGCAAGGCGAGUGGAGAAGAUGGGAUGGAAGUUGAGAACGGAGAAAAGGAAGUUGCGAGCGAAGAAAAGGCGUAGAUGAAGAAGUGACUGUUAUGGUUCAUCUGUGCUUCAGACUUUUGUAACUUCAGCCAUUUGUGUUUCAGGUGUGACUGUUUGUGUGUGUGUGUGUGUGUGUGUGUACGAGUGUGUGAGAUUGAGCAUGUCAAUGGGAGCACUGACUUUAGGAGCGUCCUUGCCUGCUUUCUUUGUCCCCGGGGUUUUAGCUGUGGCGGCCACCCAAGCUGAUGGCACCAUGGGACGUGGACUUAAUAAGUCAAUCGUGUGCAACAACAACCCCACCCCUAAACCCUCUCCACCCACAGCUUUGAACUGUGCAUGUGUUUUCACAGCGUUUCGGGUAGGAUAAAAGUGCAUCCUAGUGUUAAGUGCAGAAUUUCACCCGUCAAGGGCUAGACCAUUCACCUUGCACUACCCCUGUCGUCUACCCCUCAUGUUUUAAUGCUAUCCAUCCGACACUCCUCAUGGGCCUACUGAUCAAUUCCUGGAGUCGUGAUUGUUGUAUGCAUAGAUAUGUGUCUGAAUGUUGGAGUGACUGAGUCCCAAAGUACGUAUGUAGCAGCACUGUGGAUAGGUGGAGUAAUAAGACUUUAGCCUGGAAUAGCUGUCAAACUUCGAGCUUCUUUCUCAAUCUAAAGAUGACGCUCCUCUAUAACCCCUAGGUUACAGGACUGUUUUCCUUUACUUUGGAAAUAUUGACUUUGUACUUUUCUUAUUAUUUUUUUUUCCAGUGUUGUGCUUGUGACUUCUUUUGUUGUUCUCAAAAUGAUGAAUACAACCAAUUACUUAACUGGAAUACGUGCAUUUUAAAGCAGCUACAAGGUAGAUGAAUUAGCCUCUCCUGGACAAACUUAAGUAAUAAAACAGUUAGUCUUAGUCUUAAUUUACUGUAAAAAAAAGUACAUGUAUGAACGUUUGCUUGUACAGACCAUCGGAAUCAGGCUGUUGAAGACGGUACGCCAGAAUAAGAAUAUGUGAGCCCUGCUCAUUAUCAGUCAACAGCACCUGUAGAGUGCACCAGAAGCUGAAUUGGGGGCUAAUUUAUAACUGGUCUGUGGGUCGUGUGUUGAGGUUAUCGUUGUCUUUUGGAAGGGUCACUGCUUCGUCUGCCCUGACAGAAGGAAAUAAUAAACAAU